CAGCUAACAUUGGUCAGCGUACAGUCCUUCAGAGGGAAACAGGUUCUCCUAACAAUCAUCUGCCAAUAAUAGUACAGCGUCCGGCUAAGCUUCUUGAACACCCUGGCGAACUUGUCAGCAUCACAAAUUCUCUAUAGGGCUUCAUCCAAUCUGUUGAAGAAAUUCCAAACUUCCUCUCAGGUGCUCCAAACUCAAGAUGAGUCGAUCUGCAUCCCUCGCGCAGUACCAGCGCCAUUCAGUCCAUCUCAUGUCUAAGGUUCUCAACGUCCGCGCCAAUACCUCACCCUUUACACUCGUCCUGGAUGACCUUAACCAGCGGGCACAUCCUUUUCUAACUGAGAUGAUGCGACGCGCGAUAGCUCGGAACGUCAAUGUUGUUGUCGUUGCUUUUGAAUCAUCACAUUUCAUGUCAGCUAUCUGCACCGUCACUGGGUUUGGCGCCACUGGGGAGGACAUCAUGCAUGGAUUGCGCAAGGCCCUGAGUGGUACAAAAGACAGCCUCGUCAUCAUCGACUCUCUAUACGAUGCGCUCAAUGAGAAGGGCAUCGGUAUGGGCAGGCUCUUCAAUAUGGUCGCUGGCGAGUUCGCGUCCACCCUUGUCGGCGUCUAUCAUCAAGACAUGCUACCUGGCCAUAACGUACGACCAGAGACUCCGUAUGCUCCGCAGGCACUUGACCUGGUAACUUAUAUGGCGACUUCGGUCAUUACCUGCAAAUCUUUAGCUCACUGUCUUGCCGCCAAGGCAGCCAGAGAGCGCAGUUUGCCUGAGCCUACCCACGGUUUGCUCCAGGAAGCCGAAGGCGUCGUCCAAUGCCUCGACGCCAAUGAUCGUCGUGGCAUCGUCCUCGAGGCUGAAUUCCGACGCAAAUCUGGCCGUGCUGAGGGCGAGACUUAUUUUCUUCGACCUGGCCAUCGCUCGGAUUAUCAAGCUCCCGUCGGCGGUUCGCCUUUUGGUACACUGAAGCAAGAAUUUGUUAUUCUACUUGAUCAGCUUCCUGCGUACACGAGCCAGGACACGAAAGGGUUUGCAAAGGCCGCUGACAAUGAGAUGGAAUCGACGUUUAACCUCGGCCUUACCGACAAGCAGAAGCAGGCACGCGAAGGCAUUGUCCUUCCAUACUUUGAUGCUCAGAAGGGUGAGGGUGGUGAGGGCGGUCGUAUUCUAUACGAUAUGGGCUCUGAGGAUGACUUUGACGAGGAGGAAGAUGAGAUUUAAGCAGCUUGGCCUUGGUUUAUUUUGAAUGCUGCUGGUCAUGCGUUUUAGGAGAACAUAUCAGAUACCCUGCAUGGUAUGGCGUUAUGGAAUAGAAGAGAGGUACCACUUGGCUAUAGACGAUCGUUUGUUCGUCGAAGGUGGGAUUUUGUACAUGAGAAGCGCA